AUGGGUAUGAAAGGCAAAAUGAUUGUUUCAUUGGAGGUGAAGUGUGGAGGACACUCGAUUUAUGAUAUUUUUCACACUAAUACUCAUCAUCUACCCAACAUAAGCCCUAGUAGGGUCAAGCAUUUUGAGAUUCAUGAAGGUGAAAUCGGAAAAAUUGGUUCGGUUGUUAGCUUGAAAUAUUAUGAAGAUGGAAAAGAAAUGUUCGCUAAGAUUGUGAUUGAAGCCAUCAAUCCUCAGAAGAAAUCAAUUACUUGGAAAGUGAUUGACGGAAAUCUUUUAGAGUUGUAUAAUUCCUUCACUGUUAUCACAUCUUGUGAACAUUGGACUACAAUUACACUUGUGUACGAGAAAAAAACUGAAGAUACUCCAGAACCCCUUGCUCUCUUGGAUUAUUUCAUUGGUAUGACCAAAGAUGUUGAAGGUCACCUUCUCAAGAAAUAG